AAGAAAUAAAUUAAUAUAAAACGCGAGAGAGCGAUAGAUCACUUUCACCUCCACAGCCUCAAAAUAAAACCUCUUCAGUUGAUCCUGAAGUCUUUGUAAUUGCCAUGGCAACGACAGAACAGCAUAAAGGAAGGCAGGAAGGGUGUAGAGUGGGAGUGUGUUAGGAGAGAGAUAGUUUAAAGGAGAGGCCAGAAGAAAAAGGGACCCAUUUCUGACAGAAGCGACCCUGAAGAAGGAAGAGACGUGCUGUUUUUGCUGCUGGUCAUGUUUACCUGUGUGGUGCUACUCAUCCAACUCUCUCUGCUAGACUUGGGGAGAGUUAAGGCUCAGCAACAAACAGGUCUACAGUAUGAGGAACUGUCAGAAGUACGUAUCAGAGGUCAGAGGUCAUCUUCAGGUCAUGCCAGACUGGGCAGAGACACACUGGAGGAGGGACUGACUAUUGAAACCCUGCCAGACAACAUGACACAUUUAGUGGACUCUGGAAGAUACUACUCCUGGCAUAGUUUUAGCCAAGAAGACAAUCGCACAGGUGAACUCUGGGUAGACAUGACCGACCUCCAGCAAGGACAUGUUAGAAUGCACGGCAUUUUGUCAAAUACCCACAGACAGGCAGCGAAGGUUGCAUUGUCAUUUGACUUUCCAUUCUACGGACAUUACCUGAGACAAGUCACCAUAGCAACUGGAGGGUUUAUAUUCAUGGGAGACGUCACACAUCGAAUGCUUACAGCAACCCAGUACAUUGCUCCACUUAUGGCGAACUUUGACCCCAGCUACUCUAAGGAGUCCACUGUGCAGUACCUUGACAAUGGUGAGGUGUUUGUCGUUCAGUGGGAGAGAGUCCGACUGCAAGGGAGGGAGGCAGAAGGAGCAUUCACGUUCCAGGCUGCCCUACAUCGCACAGGGACCAUCACAUUCAGCUACCAGGAUAUACCUAUGUCAGUGGAGGUUCUAAGUUCUCCAGAGCACCCGGUGAAGGCUGGCUUGUCAGAUGCCUUCAUGGUUCUCGAACCUUCUCCACUACCCGCAGUUGCGCAACGGCGUACCGUUUAUGAGUAUCAUCGGGUGGAGGUAGAUACAACCAAGAUCACCAACCACUCUGCCUUUGAGUUCACACCACUUCCGACUUGCCUAAAUCAUGACAGUUGUGAGCUGUGCCUCUCAUCCAACCUAACCUCCGGCUGUACCUGGUGUAACGUCCUCCAGAGGUGCUCAGACGGAAUGGACAGACACAGACAGGAGUGGCUGGAUUAUGCCUGCUCACAGGAGUCUACAGAUGUCUCCUGUGAGGAUUAUUCACGGGGAGGACCCGAUAGCUCCAUUGAUUUCCCAGGACCUACCAACCCUGAAGCCACAACUCACUCGUGUCCUCUACCAGACGGCCCUGUGAAUGCUGAUGACACCAAACAAGUUGUCAAGUACAACGGUAAAGAUCUGAAGACAGGCCACCCGAGGCAGCAUGAGGGAUCAGCUCACACAGGCGUUAUAGCUGGUGCGGUGGCUGCAGCAGUGCUCUUACUGGCCCUGGUGCUCCUGGCUCUGUACGUCAACUCUCAUUCCCCUGCAGCCUCCCCCGUCUACCUCAUCCAGCGACGCAACUGGCCGUCUAUGACAUUCAGAAAAAAGGUAUUUCAGUCUAGUUACACUCAAGUUGAAUUUGAGAGUCAUGAGAAAGAUGCCAUUGCUGACGCUGCACAAUGCUGAAAGGAAA